CCUUAAUACUCGUACAGCCUCGUUACAAAUUGCAUGCGAAUUUGUUCAAUAAUUUUAAUUUUUCCUGAACCAUUUAUUCGGGAUUCACGAUCAAACUGCACAAUGGAAGGCAUAGGAGAAAUAUUUGAGAUGUUCAAGAACUGUUUUCCCUUGUCAUUUCUGUUUUUUAUACCGAUCUUCAUCAUUAUAUCGCCCGUGUCACCGGUGAACGCUGCACACGAAUUUGCCAUUUACAGGAUGCAACAGUUUGAUCAUUACGAUAUGAAAAUAGGAAGCAAGAUGUCUUUGAUAAACAUGGAAGCAAGACCACUGGAUGCAAAAAUGGUGACAAGAAGAUGUAUUUUAGCAAGGUUAAAAGAAGUAACAGGAGCAAAAUAUAGGGAGCUGAUAGAACAGAAGGCAGGAGGGUUGCUUAUACUUCUCCCACACAACUUAUCUACUAUGACUGCUGACACAAAACAGCACUUGCAGUCAUUAGAACAGGAGUUGCUGUCGACAGAGGACAGCAGCGUACCAGUAUAUUUUGCAUGGGAGACUGAAAAGUUACGGGAUGUUUAUGAAGGUGUAACUGGUGGGUCUGGGGAUGAUGCUGCCACUGCAGUUGAAGCUUUGUUCAGUUCUGCAUCAGCCAAUGGGUUCCAGAUGGUUAUGGCAGGAUCACAGGCAAAGGCCCUCACAGACUUUCAGAUCACUAACAUACAGGGUCAUCUGUCAGGGUAUGGUAUAGAGGAACAGUUACCUACAAUUGUUGUUGUCACACACUAUGAUGCCUUUGGUAUAGCUCCUAGCUUGGCCACAGGUGCUGAUUCUAAUGGCAGUGGAGUUAUAGCUCUGCUUGAACUAGCACGACUCUUCUCUAAACUCUACACCAACUCCAGAACACAUGCAAAAUACAAUCUGGUAUUUCUGUUAUCUGGUGCUGGUAAAUUCAACUACCUAGGUUCCAAGAAAUGGAUAGAGGAUACAUUAGAAAAUGUUGAGAGUACCCUGUUCUCGGACAUAGCAUAUGUUUUGUGUCUGGACACGAUAGGUAGCGGAGACAAUCUCAGACUUCAGGUCUCCAAACCUCCAAGAGAAGAUUCUCCUGGUGGACAAUUUCUUCAGCAUUUAGAAAAAGUCACCAAAACGUUCUUCAAAGAAGUUAAUUUCCAACUGGUGCACAAAAAGAUCAAUUUAGCAGACGAACUGUUGGCCUGGGAACAUGAAAGAUUUAGCAUGAAACGACUUCCAGCAUUCACUUUGACACAUCUAGACUCACAUAAAAAUCUAGAUAGAACAACAAUCCUAGAUACCAGAGAUCGUAUAAAUGAAGAUAGUCUUGCGAGGAAUAUUCAUAUUGUAGCAGAAUCCCUGGCCAGACAUGUCUAUAAUCUUACCUCACAAGGAAAUAUACAGCUCUUCACAGAAUCUUUAGAUGUCCAGAAAGAUCUCGUAUCAGCUUGGAUGGAUCAUCUGACGUCACGUCCCAGGGCGGCACAACUCCUGCCAAAAGAUGCUAGUCUCCUCACAACACUAGAAGAAACCAUGGCUAGAUACCUGAAAGAUGUUAAAAGAUCUACAGUUAAAACUGAUAAAAGAGAUCCAGAGUUUAUAUUCUAUGAUGGUGCAGAGUACAAGAUGAGCGCAUUCAGUGUAAAACCAGCAGUAUUUGAUCUCUUUCUUGCAUUAGCAAUUGGUGGUUACCUAGCAGCUAUAUACUUCAUCAUACAGAACUUUCACAUUCUUCUUGGACUGUUUAUAAAGCUCACGAAACCUGUGAAGGCCACUAAAGUCAACUAGAAUAUCUACUGAAGUGUUUGUAGGACUGAUCAAAUUUCCUAACAUAAUUAUGUUCUUACUCCAUACAUGCUUUAAUUGUGUAGAAUCAUGUAAAAGUUACAUGUAAUGAUGUAAAACAUGCAAUGUUUUAAGGUCAUUUUUCAGUUAGGUAUCAAAAAUCUUUUCCCAUCCUUUAAACACUUAAAUCAUUCAGUCUUGCUUGUGAAGCAAACAUUACAUUUAUUAGCUGAAAUGGAUGAUUACAUUGUAUAUAUGGAACUGAAAACACAUAAGUCCCAAAUGGUGCAAUUGUGUUUCUUUACUUCGCUAUAGAAGUAUUUUUGUUACUGUCAUUAUAAUGAUAAAGUUUCAUUCAUUUUGCAUUGAGCAUCAGAUAGAAAUUCAAGUGGUAUUAAUAUAGUAAGGAAAAACCUAUUUCUAAUGUAUAAAGUAAUUUACAAAAAAAAAGAAAGUAUUUUCUUUAACAUAUCUUUGAUACUUCAUGAUUGGAAUGGUACAACUAGUGUAUAAUUUCCAUCUUGUGAAGAAUUGUUCAUUAUACUUUUAAACAUAUUUAUGCAUCAUUUAUUGCAAUAAAUCCUUGCUUUUUUUUUUUUUUUUUUAUAAAGGUAAGAAUGAAAGAGUACCCGAAAAGCCAGGCAUUAUGAUUAGGCUAUUUGCUUCUUGGCUAAAAUCUGUUGUAGAAAUUUUUCAUCUUGUUUAUAGUUUUAUACAUGUAUAAAGUUAAAAUUCUGAGAAAAAAAGCUAUUUCUCUCAUCUGCAUUUUGUUUUAUUAGUUAGGAUAUCAUACACUGUUAAAACUUUUGCUCAUGCUAUCCAUCUUCAUUGAAUGUGUAUAUAUUUCUGCUGUUCCUGUUGAUUUUCUCUUCAGUGCUCUCUGAAAGUCUGGAGACAAAUAGGGGAAAAAAACUGUUGGAACAUAGAAUAUGAGAUUUGAUCUUUUCUUUGUGGCUAAAUUAUUUAGCAGUCCUUUGCAAGAUACCCACUAUACAUUCAAAAUAUACUUGCAAAAGGAAAGUCUGAAGUUUUUAACAUGUAGGAUCAACUUGAAUAAUUUUUUGGACAAUUUAAGGCAGAUUCCUACUAUUUUGUAUAGGGAUUUACUGUUAAAGUACAUGUACAUGUAGGUGUAUGCAGUAAAGAAGUUGCAAGUUCAGAAACAUUUUUAGCUCUUCUGAAUUUUUGAGAAAAAAAAAGAUGAGUUAUUGUGAUCGGCGUCGGCAUUGGCAUUGCCUGGUUAAGUUUUAUGUUUAGGUCAGCUUUUCUCCUAAACUAUCAAGGCUAUUGCUUUAAAAACUUUCAACACUUAUUCACCAUCAAUAGCUUACUCUGCACAGCAAGAAACAUAACUCAAUCCUGCUUUUUGCAAGAAUUAUGGCCCCUUUUGGACCUAGAAAAUAUCAGAUUUCUUGGUUAAGUUUUGCGUUGACCUUUUUCUCCUUAACGGUCGAAGCUAUUGCUUUAAAACUUGGAGCAGUUAUUCGCCAUUAAAAGCUGACUCUGCACAGCAAGUACCGUAACUCUACAUUGCUUUUUGCAAGAAUUAUGGCCCCUUUUGGACUUAGAAAAUCUGUUAUGCAGAGACAAAAAAUCAGAUGAGUGUCUGCUAGAGCAAGGCAGUGCUGCUGUUAAAACUUUAUUUUAUUAUUUAAAUGAAACUUGUGUGUAUUAUUGUCAAACAAAUGCAGUUUUUGCAUUGAUCGGCUAUACUUCAUGCAGGUUUAUGUUCUAUGUAUUUGGUUCCCAUAGUUUGUAACAACAUUUUAAUUUUGCUUUUGCAAAAUUAGAAGAACACUGAUUGAAGAAAACAGUUAUUGAAUAUAUGAAUUGAACAGUAAUUGUUUUUGCUAACUUUUUCAUUAGCAGUCACAUUUCUAGUGCAAUGUUAUCAAUCCAUUGUCAAUAUUUGUUGAACUACCACAUGUCACUUGUAAAUUACUAUGUAUAGCUCACUGGAUGUUCAUUGUUUUUGUGUGCACCUUGCAGGUUUUAAGUUCAUUUUCACUGUAAAUACCCCAUGUGUUGCAAGACCAAAGAAAUCAGUGCUAGUCCAACUAAGAAGUUGCUAGAAAUCUAAGGUUGGGCAGUACUUAAAAUUGAAAAGUCUAAUAUUGAUCCGUUAUAAUGCAUAAGCAGUAGGCUCUUUGUGAAUUUUCUUGUAACAAAAAAUGAUCAAUAGUCUGUUGCAGGUGUGUAACUACAUAUUUCUCAAUUUCUCAUUCAAAACACUCAAAAAGGAGUGUAGACUGCCUUGCAUGCAAAACUUACCACUGAUCUUGAUUGUUUCACUCCGAAAAGGCAUUUAACUUUUGUGAUAAAACCUAAAACAGUAUUUUAUAUUUUGACCAUGCAUUAUAACACUUGAAUAGAGUAGUUACAAACUCAGAUAUUUCUGUAUGAUAGAAUUUAACCUUUAGCCUGCUGCCGGCAACUGAUUCUGCCUUUGUGACCAGUGCAGACCAUGAUCAGCCUGCACAUCAGAAGAAGUACAGUCAGAGCUAUUCUACUCGCCCCGGCAUAGAUGUCACAAGUUUUGCAUUUGAAGCUAUAUCUUGAAAACCAUUGCUUGUGUUGGAUUGAAAUUUUAUCGAAUUUGUCUCAAUCAUCAGAAUGUCUUUAACAUAAACAAAUUAGAUAAUUCAUGGUGGAAUCUGUUGUAGUUUAGGCAUGUUUUGACUAUGAAAGUUCUGUAAAUUUUUAUGUGGAGCGAAUAAUUAAGCUAUAUCUCAGUAACAACUGUAUGUAUUGGUUUGAGACUCCAUUCCAGGCUUCCCAGGCAUCAAUCCUACUGGAAAACUUUAAUAUAAAUUAUAGCCAUUGAUGGACUUAGAAAAUUUAGCAAAAGUUUUAAGUGCAACUAAAUAUAAUAUAAUGAUUAAGCUGUAUUUCAAAUGCACCUACAUACAUAGGAUUGAAAAUUCACACAAGAAUUCCUAGUCGAAAACGAAAACUACAUACCAAGUUAAAUAACAUUUGAUUCUUUGGCCUAAAAAUAAAACAUUGUUUUCCCUUCCAGGCUGACCCAAAAUCAGAGAUUUCUUUUAUUCUUAAAUAUUGUUUUGGGAUGAAAACAGACAGAACUGCAAAUUGUAUGAAAUUCACUUAGUUGCUUGUCAUUAUUGUCGAAAGUGUGUGAAAACAUUUCUUAUUUUUUCGUUCUAUUAAUUUGUUUGAAAAGGUAAAAAUCUGUCUAAAAACUAGAAACUGACAAAUUUUCAAAGCCCUGAUAUAAUUAUAUAGUGCGUAACAAACAUGGAUUGCCCCUCAAAAAACAAAGGAUUAUCUCCAAUGGGGUCCUUGGUAAUAUACUUUCUAAGAAUAUGUUAUACAAACCUUACAAGUAAAUAAAUUAAAUGAAAAUAAUACUAAAUACUGGAAUUUAGAAGUUAUGACACAAGAUAUUGCUUAGUCAAGUGAAGCUAUUAAAAUAUUUUCUAGUUUUCCAUUAUACUAAGUCUUCACUCCAGUGAAUCUAUAAAUGUACACCUUAAAAUAUUUCUUCUUCGUGACAAUGAAUUAAGUUCUAGGGAGAAAGAUGAUCUUGUAAGUUGUUACACUGAAAUAUUGUGCCAGCCUGUUUACCUUGUUAUAAUUAUGCAGAUUUUCACUUCUUAUAAUAAACAGAUUUUGUAUCAAUAAAAUAUGCAAUGUGAA